AUGGAUAGCGUCUAUGGUUUCGCCGAGUUUACUGUGGUUCAGGCGACGGGCAGCGAUAGCAGCUCUCCGCUCCUGGGGUUCGAUAAGGGCCAGGAUAAUUCCACAGGUCCGCUAGAACAAAUUCAGAGAGAAGUCAAACCAGGCUUGCGGCUUGCCCUGCAAGUUAGUGGUUUCAAUAGUGGAGAAAAGGCGAAUUCAACUUGGGGUAGCAGAGCAUGGACUUUCCAAGAGGCGGUCUUAUCGCCCCGGAUGCUUCUCUGGCAUAACGGCUCGGUAGCAUGGGAAUGUCGUGAGGCGGUCUGGUGUGAAGAUACUGUCCCGGGAUUGGCAGCGUCGUCUACAAAACCACAAUUCGGCUCGCAAAUGUUACCAUUCCUGGCCGCAGAGCUUAUGGAAGAGCAACGUACUUUGGACAAUCUGUUGUUUAUUGAACCUACCGGGAGGCACGACAAUAUAUCCAGAUACGAAGGCGCGGUCCAGGAGUACACGUCGAGGGUCAUGAGCUUCUGGACGGAUAAACUGAACGCAUUCGCAGGACUUGGGACCGUCUUCGAGGGUCAGAUGAACGUGGAGCUGCUUUACGGACUGCCCAGAGAUCAACUCGAUACCGCGCUUCUGUGGGCCUCGGCUUCUGGGCCGCUUGAGAGGCUUCCAGACUUUCCGAGCUGGUCCUGGGCCGGAUGGAAGGGUGCAGUGCGACACCACAGCCAGAAUACGCUGUCUUUGGUCCCUCCAGCAGCCUUUUACGGCGUGGACGAUCGAACAACUACAUUGAGUGACACCGGAAAAGGAGAUACCCAGCUGAGACGCCUGGUCCAGGCCUGGGAAGCUGACGACUACACUGCACCAAACCGCCCAUGGCGUAUCAUGGGAGACGCACGUCAAUUCACGCUACAUGCCCAGCAACCUCUCACCCAACUCGUGCCGUCAACGAGUAACUUGAGCCGCUGCCUCUGUUUCAAGGCUUACUGCGCCUCAGCCGCGGCAUUCUCGUUCAAGGGGCACAAUCUGAUUCUGAAAGACUCGGGCAGGGUCGUAGGGGGUGUUUUCCUGGAUCAGGCUGUUCUUGCGCAAGACACGGAACAACUCGAAAUGGUCGUACUGUCUCAGUGCAGCGCGCCUACUUUUGGUAUCACUAACGGAAAAAACCCGCAAGUGGAGUAUUUUCCUGAUGGCAUGUUUCCGGAACCCAACAUGCCUGAUAUUCGUGUAAUAGAGGGAAAGAAUGGGGUAAACGCGCCACUGGACUGCUACCGGUUCCUCAUCGCUGAGAAGCAGGACGAUGGUACUGUGUUCAGGAAGGGCAUGGGUGAGACAAAGCUUUCGACGCUGAAUGAGGUAGGAGUUAGGAGGAAGUGGGUUUUCCUGGCGUAG